AUGUCGACGAACUUUUACCAAUUAGAAGUUCAGAAGAGCGAUCAGACGGUAUUCUCCUUCGAACAACUGAAGGGUAAAGUCGUCCUAAUAGUAAAUGUAGCCUCAAAUUGUGGCUAUACUCCACAAUAUAAAGAGUUAGAGUUUAUGUACCAGAAGUGUAAGGACCAAGGAUUCCAAGUAUUGGGGUUCCCUUGUAAUCAAUUUGGUCACCAAGAACCAGGUACGAAUGAGGAAAUCAGAAUAUUUUGUAAACGUAACUAUGGUGUUUCGUUUCCUGUAUUUCCAAAAGUAUACGUUAAUGGUCCCAAACAACAUCCAGUGUAUGCAUAUUUACAAUCGCAUUUGUCAGGAGAUUUGGGCGUGAAAGGUGUAAGGUGGAAUUUUGAAAAAUUUUUAGUUGAUGGAAAUGGUAAUGUAGUAAAAAGGUAUAAUGCCUUAACGAGACCCAUAGAUAUUCAAUCUGACAUAAUAGAAUUGUUACAGAAACUGUGA